CUCAGAUUGUCCAGGGGUAUCCUAGAUUCAAAGAAGAAUCUCCUGGGCACUGCUGCGAGCAAACAGGAAGAUAUUUGAUUGCAUGAAGAAUAAACAUAACCUGUAGAAGUCUAGCAUUCCAACUGUUAUUGUCUUUGGAGGACGGGUAUCAAAAUGCCUGUGGCUUCAGCUCAUUCGGAUACAGCUAUGCAGCAGGUCCUGGACAACUUGAAUGAUUUGCCAAACUCUACAGGAGCCAAGGACUUAGAUUUACUCUUCCUAAGAGGAAUCAUGGAGAGCCCAAUUGUACGAUCACUAGCUAAGGCCCAUGAGAAGCUGGAAGACACUAAGCUAGAGGCUGUACGUGAUAAUAACCUGGAGUUAGUGAAGGAGAUCAUUGAUGAUAUCACCCCAAUUGCUAAGGAGAAUGAUUCUGCAGCUGAACUCACUCGUAUUCUCCAGGAACCACAUUUUCAGUCCCUGCUGGAAGCUCACGACUCAGUUGCCUCGAAGAACUACGAAACUCCACCUCCAAGUCCAGAGUCGCUAAUGGACUCUACGUUCAACAAUCAGCCUGUACCACCUGAUGCUGUCCGAAUGGUGGGGAUUCGCAAGGUCAAGGGCGAACAUUUGGGUGUGACAUUCAGGGUUGAAAACAGUGAGCUUGUGAUUGCCCGAAUUCUCCAUGGAGGUAUGAUCGACCAGCAGGGUUUACUGCAUGUGGGCGACAUCAUCAAGGAGGUGAAUGGAAAAGAGGUUGGAAAUGAUCCAAAGGUCCUGCAGGAAAUGCUGCAGAAUGCCAGUGGAAGUGUCAUCCUUAAGAUCCUGCCCAGCUACCAGGAACCACAUCCUCCACGACAGGUGUUCGUGAAAUGCCAUUUUGAGUAUGAACCUAUCAAUGAUAACCUGAUCCCAUGCAAAGAAGCUGGCUUGAAGUUUACCUGUGGCGAUAUAUUACAGAUUGUGAAUCAAGAGGACCUUAAUUGGUGGCAGGCCUGUCAUGUGAAGGAGGGAGGCAGUGCGGGCCUUAUCCCCAGUCAGUUGUUGGAGGAAAAGAGGAAAGCUUUUGUAAAGCGAGACUGGGAUUUCUCCAGUUCUUCUGGUGCACUAUGUGGAAGUAUGGGUGGAAAAAGGAAGAAGAAGAUGAUGUAUCUAACCACCAAAAAUGCAGAAUUUGAUCGACACGAACUUCUGAUCUAUGAGGAAGUAGCAAAGAUGCCACCAUUUCAAAGGAAGACUUUGGUCCUUAUAGGAGCACAAGGCGUUGGGCGGCGAAGCUUAAAGAAUAGACUCAUUAUGUCUGACCCAAUGCGUUUUGGAACAACCAUUCCUUUCACCUCACGAAAGCCAAAGGAGGACGAGAACGAUGGGCACAUUUAUGCCUUUGUGUCCCGUGCUGAAAUGGAAAAUGACAUCAAAGGUGGGAGGUAUUUGGAGCAUGGUGAAUAUGAAGGGAACCUUUAUGGAACAAAGAUUGAUUCCAUUCAUGAGGUUGUUGAAUGUGGAAAAAUAUGCAUCUUGGAUGCAAACCCACAGGCGCUAAAGGUUCUGAGGACAUCUGAAUUCAUGCCUUAUGUGGUGUUUAUUGAGGCUCCAGAUUUGGACACCCUGCGGGCAAUGCACAGGGCAGCAAUUGAUGCAGGAGUUACAACAAAACAAUUAACCGACACUGAUCUGAAGAAAACAGUGGAUGAGAGCUCCCGCAUCCAGCGAGCAUACAGCCACUACUUUGAUCACACCAUUAUGAAUGAUAACCUCGACAAGGCCUUCCAAAAACUUCGGGCUGCUAUGGAGAAACUCUGCACAGAGCCCCAGUGGGUGCCAGUGAGCUGGGUCUACUAACACUUUCCAAAGGAUAAAGGAAUAUGGUUUACACAGAGCACCAUUAACAUUAUAGAAAAGGUCCUUUAGAAUUUAAGAGGGCUCCAUUUAGGUUGGUCAUAAUUGGGGUAGCAGCUCAUGGUGACAACAGUUAUAUUAUGUCAAUCAGCAAUGGAGGUGAUCUAAAAAGGGUUUUAAAUGAAAGAAUGGGAAUGCUCUCCAGCUACCAUCAUUUUUAUUUUGCAAACAAUACAGG